UCAAGUCGUGGCAACUAGACUUCAGAGUCACGCCAGGGUCUCUCACGACAUUUCUUUCUCCCCACAUCUUUCGCAAUGCCUGCCGAUUCAGAUACUCAAACAAUGUCGUCGACCAUCGGCCCCGAUCUCCCAGUUCACUCGACGACUUCGAAUGCCCCGGGACGCGACUUCGGGUUCCUGCCUGUGCCUCGGUGCGCCCAUCUGGGUAGCUCUGGCGAGAUUGGUUAUGCUAGAGUCCUUGCGUUUGCAGUCGCGGCUACUUUCACUGCAAUGAAUUUGUACUACUGCCAACCCAUUCUCGUACAACUUGCGGAAGCGUUUCAAGUCGACGACUUCCAAGUCUCUCGAAUUCCGAUUCUUCUCCAGGCUGGAUACGCGACGGGUUUGCUAUUCAUCGCACCGCUAGGCGACAUAUUCCAUCGGCGGCAGCUCGUUCUGAUUCUGAUUCUAAUUUCGGGAGCCCUCACUGUCGGUCUCGCAUUGACGAGCUCAUUGAUCGCCUUUGAAGUCCUUUCUUUCUUGACAGCAGUCGCCACCGUGACCCCUCAGGUCCUGAUCCCUCUCACUGCGGAUCUGGCUCCAGCGAACCGGCGGGCAACCUUCAUCGCCCUCGUCCUUGCAGGGCUUCUCACGGGUGUUCUCGUUGCCCGUGUUUUCGCCGGGAUCAUCGCGCAAUAUUCAUCAUACCACAAUGUCUAUUGGAUGGGUGCCGGCGGUCAAUUUUUCCUCGCCAUCGUCCUCUAUCUGAUCACGCCACCUGUCCCGGUCAAAAACACCGGCCUAUCAUACUGGCAGAUCAUGAAGAGCAUGGCGAAAUUUGCAGUGACCGAGCCCAUCCUGAUUCAAGGAUGCAUCAUCUUUUUCUGCGGCGCAGCGAUAUUCUCCGGAUUCUGGGUUACCAUGACUUUCCUUUUGGACGGCGAACCCUAUAACUAUUCACCUUUGGUCAUCGGAAUAUUCGGUGUCGUCGGACUAGCGGGAAUAUGCAUGUCACCGCUCAUCGGACGGGCGGUAGACAGCCUUGUGCCCUGGGCUGCGAGCUUUGUUGCCAUAUGUUUCGUUCUGUCGUCUCAGAUCAUCGAGACGUUUGGUGCCGAGAAGAAUAUUGCCGCUGUUAUUAUUGCGACGCUGAUUCUCGAUGUCGGUGCUCAAGCUACUCAAGUCUCAAUGACGACAGUCAUUUUCGGAAUUGACCCACAUGCUCGGGCGCGUUUGAAUACCCUGCUCGUUGGAUCCGUCUUUCUCGGGCAGGUCACUGGAACUGCUGUUGGAACUAAACUAUAUGUUUCUGGCGGAUACAAGCUCUCCUCGGGCAUCCGCGUCGUCUUUGCUGGAGUUGAGCUUCUCGCGCUUCUGGCAAGAGGCCCCCAUGUCCCGAGGUACACUUGGGUCGGAUGGGCGGGCGGCAUGAAACUUCGGAAAUCGUCGCCAGCGCCACCGAUAGAGGCAGAAAUCACGGAGGCGGAGCUUAACUCCGGCGGAAAGAACCAGUAAUUCAUGAAAUAGAGUGUAUUUUCAGCCCCUCAGCGAAGCAGUGCAGGACUUUGAUCUCUUGGAAAAGCUGGAGGAACAUGAGCCGCCGCGCAUCGCACAUAGUUCCAUCGGGCGGGGGGAGACCGAGAGUCGGCAACGCCAUGAAUCAGACUUUUUCAAAGGAUGUAUACCAUCAUUGCUCUGCGCAUGUACUGCGGCUCAGCGAGUAAUACCCGAAAGAGAGACAUAGCGGGCGAUGCUAUCCAACCAUUUAUCCAACCGCUUGAUUUUGAUCUCUAAUAGCGUCAUUUUG